GCCGCUCAGCUUUCAUUGAGUUCAGAAAACUGUUUGCAUACCAAUCUUCCCCCAAACACUGCGUGCGGGUCUAAAUUAGGAUCGCCGAUCUCGUAGUGGUGGAUCUUUUUUCACAGUUGGACGCCGUUGGGCACGUUUCACUCCAGUGGACAUCCCAGCUGAUUCCCCCUUUCCUUUUUUUCUUUUCUUUUCUUUUUGGUUUUGUUUCACCUGAAUACGUAGGUUGCAAUCAGUAGUAGCAGCUCUCAGAAAUAGGCUGUGAGUAACAGCGAAAACAGCGUGUCACAGCCAGAGGUUUCGGCACUGAGCCCAUGAAAACAGGAGAGGAGAGAAAAGCGAGAGAAGUCAUCAGCUUCACCUGAACGAAGACGAGGAACAAGCAGAUACACAUGGGGCAGGGAGAGGCUUCAGCACGGGGGACAACCAUGGAGGGGGACUGUCUCAGCUGCAUCAAGUACCUCAUGUUUGUCUUCAAUUUCCUCAUCUUUCUGGGGGGCUCUUUCCUCCUCGGAGUGGGAGUGUGGGUACUGGUGGACCCCACAGGGUUCAGGGAAAUCGUAGCAACCAACCCCCUGCUAUUCACCGGUGUCUACAUCAUCCUUGGUAUGGGAGGCAUGCUCUUUCUCCUCGGCUUCCUGGGCUGCUGUGGAGCCAUCCGUGAAAACAAGUGUCUGCUCCUCUUUUUCUUCAUGCUCAUCCUCCUGAUCUUCUUAGCAGAGCUGGCUGCUGCCAUCCUAGCCUUCAUAUUCCGGGAGCAUCUGACCAGAGAGUACUUCACCAAAGAGCUGAAGAAACAUUAUCAGGGCUACAAUAACAGCGACGUCUUCACCUCCACAUGGAACGCCAUCAUGACUACAUUUGACUGCUGUGGGGUGAACAGCCCAGAGGAUUUUAAGGAAAGCAUGUUCAGGAUGAUGAACCAAAAUCAUGUGGUGCCAGAAGCCUGCUGCCAGCGUGCCGGUCAGACUGCCGAGUCAGCCUAUACCAGCCAGGAGCAGUGCUUAUCGGGCAAUAUGAUGUUCCGUAAUAAUAAGGGUUGUUACUCUGCAGUAGUUGACUACUUCGAAUUGUACAUCUAUGUGGCUGGAGCCCUGGCCAUAGUGGUGCUAACCAUUGAGCUUUUUGCCAUGGUUUUUGCAAUGUGUCUCUUCAGGGGAAUCCAGUAGAGCUGCUUCAUCCACGAACUUCUUUUUUUUUUUCUCUAAAAAAAAAGAAAAAGGGAAUUCAGGAGAAAAGAAGAAAAAAAUGGACAUUUGUAAAUUUUGUGGAUCUCUUUUUCUAUUGGCUAAUUGGUAGAAAAACAAACUCUUGUACUUCACAGCUGGACUUUUGAGGUACUGGGUGAUUAAAAAUAUACAAACACACACACAGACAUAGAGACACACACAUUGCAUUGAGACUAGACUAGAGAGAAAACUGAUGUUUAAAAAAAAAAAAAAAGAUUUGUGUGCAAAGUCAAAAUGGUAAUUUGUGGACCAGGUCUUGAGCAGAUUGGGUGUAAAGUGGACCGGGGAUGAGGACCAGGUGAAGCCUGAGCAGAAGGCACUGCACUGACUUUUGGAUGAAGAAUAUUUAUAUUAAGUAAAGUUGGCUUGACUGUAAAAAUGAAAAAUGUGUUUCUUGUAAACUCUGGCUGUUAUCCUUUCCCCUUUCAUACUGUAUAAUGUAAUAACCUCCCUUCCUCCACAUGCCUUUUUUACAGCCACACUUCUUCAAUGCU